GUCCCCGAUGCUAGCGUAGCUAUAUGUACGUAAUCUAGCGCAUAGCAUCAGCCUCAAAUUUACUAGCAAUUAAAAACUCUCCAUGUGCAAAUGUGAAAUGAUUUCUGCGCUGUAUUUUUAUUGAUUAUGGAAGAGAAGGCCCAGCAACUGACUACGGAUGUCCCCGGCACGGGGGCGGAUGCCGCUCUAUCUGUACUCCAGAGAGUCGAGUUCAGUAGCGCGUCUCACCCGAUUCACUGGAGUCCAGUGAAAAAAUGGAUUAUCGUCGUCAUUUACUGUUCUCUUCAAACCUUUAUCACUCUCACAACCACGACUUAUGUUAGCGCUGAGUUCCUCGUCCAAGAGAAAUAUGGCGGAUCGACCCAAGUCGUGGCUCUUGGCCAAAGCAUGUUUAUCGUGGGAACGGCGGUUGGUCCGGCUUUUCUAGGCCCUCUAUCAGAUAUUGGAGGACGAAAAUGGAUUUAUGUGGCAUCUAUUGGAGUUUAUGCGAUCUUGAAUAUUGGAACUGCGCUGGCGCGCAAUUUGCCCAUGCUGAUCAUUUUCCAGUUCCUCUGCGGGGCAGCUGGCAGCACAGCUCUCUCCAAUGUGGCUGGCACGAUAGCGGAUCUGUUCGGUGAUAUGGAUGGAGCGGGUCAACCCAUGGCCUUAUUCGUGAUGUCUGCAAAUUACGGUCCGAGCAUAGGAUCACCGAUCGGAGAAUUGAUUGCUGAGAACGAAAAGCUGGGAUUGCCAUGGAUAUUCUGGAUCAACGUUAUUAUCGGUGGUGCCUUUGCUAUUAUCAUGUGCUUCGUCCCGGAAACAUUACCACGAGUUGUCAUUAGCGAUGCGGCAAGAAAACAUAAAUCUUCGGACCCGAACGAGAUUGUUGUCAUGUCGGAACGUGUGGAUGUUCUCCGAGAAAUACGAUUCGUGACGUCAAUGGCGUUCCGCAUCAUGCUAACUGAACCCAUCGUCACUUUCUUGGGCAUUUAUAACGGAUUUGCUUAUGGUCUCCUAUUCUUGUAUUUGGAUGGUGUAUUCGACGUAUUCGUCGUUAAUAACGGUCUAUCAUAUAUGAGCGCCGACCUGACAUACCUCAAUUUCGUCGUCAGUGUCACUAUUAUGUUCCUAUUCGUGCCAGUACAGACAUGGUUGUAUACGCGCGACCGCAAGAGAAACGGCGGCGUUGGUCGCCCGGAAGCAAGAUUCCUAACGUCCUUACUGUUCGUGUGGGGCUUUCCGAUAUCCCUCCUCUGGUUCGCUUUCACAUGCGAUGGAAGCGUAUCAUUCUGGUCUCCUAUCGUUGCUGGCGGUUUAUUGGGCUUCUGUGACCCGCUGCUGUGGUUAAGUAUGCUCAAUUACAUCGCUGAUUCGUACACCAACGUUGCUGCGUCGGCGAUCGCCGCGUUUUUGAUACCAUCUUUUCUAAUCGCAGCAGCUUGUUGUCAUAUUGGUAUCGUGAUGUUUAACAAUUUAGGCGCCAAGUGGGCUAUGGCGACCUUGGGGUUCAUCUCAUUUGGCCUUGUCGCACUGGUCUAUGUUUUGUACUUUUUCGGUCCGCGGAUUCGAAAGUGGUCAAAGUUGGCCAGGAAGCACUAAACUUAUUUGAUCUUGGGUUCAAAUAUUUUGAUACAGAUCAAAAAUUUCCCCAAUAUUUUAUAUAUUACUAUUUUUCUGCAAUUAUACAAAUUGGAUAGAGAAGAUGGCGAGUUAGAAGAUGUUGCGGUGAUCUUUUCGAUUGCCUAGGUUGGAUCUGGAGGCAGUGGAUCAUGUGAUUAAUACUGUAUAUAUACUGGUGCAGGCUCACUUUCGCCCUGCACCCUCCUAGAGGGUGCAGCGCUUUAAUUUACAAAUGGUUCAGUAAUUAACAA